GACGGUGAGGUAGGAUGUGGUGGAUCUUGCCACAGGGGAAGUGGUAAUACAGUGAUGUCCUUUUCGGAUGGAUCCAAAAGGGGGUAGCUUCCCUGUGCUGCACUACAACACACAGCAGUACACAAGGGUCUGGAUCCCUGACCCAGAUGAAGUGUGGCGCUCGGGUGAAUUAACCAAGGACUACAAAGAGGGGGAUAAAAGCCUGCAGCUCAGACUGGAAGAUGACACAAUCCUGGAAUACCCAAUUGAUGUUCAAAAUAACCAUCUGCCAUUCUUACGGAAUCCAGACAUCUUAGUAGGAGAAAAUGACCUCACUGCACUCAGCCAUCUCCAUGAGCCUGCAGUUCUGCAUAACUUAAAAGUCCGUUUCCUGGAGUCCAACCACAUCUACACUUACUGUGGAAUUGUGCUUGUUGCCAUCAAUCCAUAUGAGCAGCUGCCAAUCUAUGGACAAGAUGUCAUCUAUGCCUACAGUGGCCAAAAUAUGGGUGACAUGGACCCUCACAUCUUUGCUGUGGCAGAAGAAGCCUACAAGCAGAUGGCCAGGGAUGAAAAGAACCAAUCCAUCAUAGUCAGCGGAGAGUCUGGAGCAGGGAAGACUGUAUCAGCCAAGUAUGCCAUGCGCUAUUUUGCCACAGUUGGUGGCUCAGCCAGUGAUACCAACAUUGAAGAGAAGGUCCUGGCAUCCAGUCCCAUCAUGGAGGCCAUUGGGAAUGCCAAGACCACUCGCAAUGACAAUAGCAGCCGCUUUGGGAAGUUCAUUGAAAUUGGCUUUGAUAAAAAGUACCACAUCAUUGGGGCCAACAUGAGGACCUACUUGCUGGAGAAGUCCAGGGUGGUUUUUCAGGCAGAAGAUGAGAGGAAUUACCACAUCUUUUACCAGCUCUGUGCUGCUGCCAGUCUCCCCGAGUUUAAAGAGCUCGCUUUAACCUGUGCAGAGGACUUUUUCUAUACAUCCCAUGGAGGAAACACAACCAUCGAGGGUGUCAAUGAUGCAGAGGACUUUGAGAAGACUCGACAAGCCCUCACACUCCUUGGAGUGCGGGAAUCUCAUCAAAUAAGCAUCUUUAAGAUAAUUGCUUCCAUCUUGCACCUUGGAAGUGUGGAGAUUCAGUCUGAGCGUGACGGGGAUUCCUGCAGCAUACCACCUCAGGAUGAACAUUUGAGCAACUUCUGCCGCCUGCUGGGAGUGGAACACAGUCAGAUGGAGCACUGGUUGUGCCACCGCAAGCUGGUCACCACCUCAGAGACCUACAUCAAGACCAUGUCCCUGCAGCAGGUGGUCAAUGCCCGGAACGCCCUGGCCAAGCACAUCUAUGCCCAGCUAUUCUCCUGGAUCGUGGAGCACAUCAAUAAGGCCCUGCACUCAUCCCUGAAGCAGCACUCCUUCAUCGGGGUCCUGGACAUCUACGGGUUUGAGACCUUCGAGAUUAACAGCUUCGAACAGUUUUGUAUCAACUAUGCCAAUGAAAAGCUCCAGCAACAGUUCAAUUCGCAUGUAUUCAAGCUGGAGCAAGAAGAAUACAUGAAGGAGCAGAUCCCAUGGACCUUGAUUGACUUUUAUGAUAAUCAACCUUGUAUAGACCUCAUAGAAGCAAAGCUGGGUAUCCUUGACCUGUUGGAUGAAGAGUGUAAGGUCCCCAAAGGAACUGAUCAGAAUUGGGCCCAGAAGCUCUACGAACGGCACUCCAACAGCCAGCACUUCCAGAAACCACGCAUGUCCAACACAGCCUUCAUUGUCAUCCACUUUGCAGAUAAGGUGGAGUACCUUUCCGAUGGUUUUCUUGAGAAAAAUAGGGAUACGGUAUAUGAAGAACAGAUCAACAUCCUGAAGGCCAGCAAGUUCCCACUAGUGGCUGACUUGUUCCAAGAUGACAAGGACUCUGUUCCUGCCACCAACACAGCUAAAAAUCGAUCAUCUUCAAAAAUCAACAUUCGAUCUUCCAGACCCCCCAUGAAGGUCUCCAACAAGGAGCACAAGAAAUCUGUGGGCUUCCAGUUCCGCACUUCCCUAACCCUGCUGAUGGAGACCCUGAAUGCCACAACGCCACACUACGUCCGAUGCAUCAAGCCCAACGAUGAAAAGCUCCCCUUCCACUUCGACCCAAAGAGAGCCGUGCAACAGCUCAGAGCCUGUGGAGUAUUGGAGACCAUUCGGAUCAGUGCAGCUGGCUACCCAUCCAGGUGGACCUACCAUGACUUCUUCAAUCGGUACCGGGUGUUGAUGAAGAAGAGAGAGCUUGUCAACACUGACAAGAAGAGUAUCUGCAAGUCUGUCUUAGAGAGCCUCAUCAAGGAUCCAGACAAAUUCCAGUUUGGCCGCACCAAGAUCUUCUUCAGGGCGGGCCAGGUGGCUUACCUGGAGAAGCUUCGGGCAGACAAGUUCCGGGAGGCCACUGUCAUGAUCCAGAAGACAGUCAGGGGCUGGCUGCAGAAAGUGAAGUAUCAGAGGCUGAAGGCAGCUACCUUAACUGUGCAGAGGUUCUACAGAGGACACCUGGCCCGCAGACUGGCUGAGCACCUGCGGAGAACCCGUGCAGCCAUAGUGUUCCAGAAGUACUACCGGAUGCAGAGGGCCCGCCUGGCCUACCGGAGAAUCCACAGAGCUGCAGUUGUCAUCCAGUCCUUCACACGGGCCAUGUUUGUGCGAAGAAACUACUGCCAGGUCCUCAAGGAGUAUAAAGCCACAAUCAUCCAGAAGUAUGCCCGGGGAUGGAUGGCACGUAGACAUUUCCAGCGGCAGCGGGAUGCAGCCAUUGUCAUCCAGUGUGCCUUCCGGCGGCUCAAGGCCAAGCAGGAGCUGAAGGCCCUCAAGAUUGAGGCCCGCUCUGCAGAGCAUUUAAAACGUCUCAAUGUGGGCAUGGAGAACAAAGUGGUCCAGCUACAGCGGAAGAUCGAUGACCAGAACAAAGAGUUCAAGACUCUGUCAGAGCAGUUGUCUGCAGUCACCUCCACACAUGCCAUGGAGGUGGAGAAGCUGAAGAAGGAGCUGGCACAUUACCAGCAGAACCAGGAGGCUGACACCAGCCUGCAGCUGCAGGAGGAGGUGCAGAGCCUGCGCACUGAAUUACAGAGGGCUCAGUCAGAGCGCAGGGUCCUGGAGGAUGCCCACAGCAGGGAGAAUAGCGAGCUGAGAAAGCGAGUUGCAGACCUGGAACAUGAAAAUGCUCUCUUGAAGGACGAGAAAGAAUACCUUAAUAACCAAAUCCUGCACCAGUCAAAAGCUGAAUCUUCCCAGAGCUCUGUGGAGGAGAACCUCCUGAUGAAGAAGGAACUGGAGGAGGAGAGGUCCAGGUACCAGAACCUCGUGAAGGAAUACUCCCUGCUGGAGCAGAGAUAUGAGAACCUUCGAGAUGAGGUGACCAUGCUAAAGCAAACUCCGGGCCACAGGAAGAACCCAUCAAAUCAAAGCAGCUUAGAAUCGGACUCCAAUUACCCCUCCAUUUCCACUUCUGAGAUUGGAGACACUGAGGAUGCCCUUCAGCAGGUAGAGGAGAUUGGUGUAGAGAAGGCAGCUAUGGACAUGACCGUCUUCCUGAAGCUGCAGAAGAGAGUGCGGGAACUUGAGCAGGAGAGGAAAAAGCUUCAGGUGCAGCUAGAAAAGGAGCAACAGGACAACAAGAAAGUGCAGGUGGAACAACAAAACAAUGGCAUAGAUGUGGACCAGGAUGCAGAUCUGGCCUACAACAGUCUGAAGAGACAAGAGCUUGAGUCCGAGAACAAAAAGCUGAAGAACGACCUCAAUGAGCUGAGGAAAGCUGUUGCUGACCAAGCCAUGCAGGACAACUCCACCCACAGCUCCCCAGAUAGCUACAGCCUCCUGCUGAACCAGCUCAAGCUAGCUAAUGAAGAGCUUGAGGUCCGCAAAGAGGAGGUGCUGAUCCUCAGGACCCAGAUCAUGAACACUGACCAGCGCCGACUGUCUGGCAAGCACAUGGAGCCAAACAUCAAUUCCAGAACAAGUUGGCCCAACAGUGAAAAACAUGUGGACCAGGAAGAUGCCAUUGAGGCCUAUCAUGGGGUCUGCCAGACUAACAGCAAGACUGAGGAUUGGGGAUAUUUGAAUGAAGAUGGAGAACUCGGCUUGGCUUACCAAGGCCUAAAGCAAGUUGCCAGGUUGCUGGAGGCUCAGCUGCAGGCCCAGAGCCUGGAGCAUGAGGAGGAGGUGGAGCGUCUCAAGGCCCAGGUAGAGGCCCUGAAGGAGGAGAUGGACAAGCAGCAGCAGACCUUCUGCCAGACCCUGCUGCUCUCCCCAGAGGCCCAGGUGGAAUUUGGUGUCCAGCAGGAGAUAUCUCGCCUGACCAAUGAGAACCUGGAUUUUAAGGAAUUGGUAGAGAAGCUGGAAAAGAAUGAGAGGAAGCUGAAAAAGCAGCUGAAGAUUUACAUGAAGAAAGCCCAGGACUUAGAAGCUGCCCAGGCCUUGGCACAGAGUGACAGGAGGCACCAUGAACUCACAAGACAGGUCACGGUCCAGCGAAAAGAGAAAGACUUCCAAGGCAUGCUGGAGUACCACAAAGAGGACGAGGCUCUCCUCAUCAGGAACCUGGUGACAGACCUGAAGCCCCAGAUGCUGUCGGGCACUGUGCCCUGUCUGCCUGCAUACAUCCUCUACAUGUGCAUCAGGCAUGCGGAUUACACCAACGAUGACCUCAAGGUACACUCAUUGCUGAGCUCCACCAUCAACGGCAUUAAGAAAGUCCUCAAGAAGCACAAUGAUGACUUUGAGAUGACGUCAUUCUGGCUGUCCAACACCUGCCGCUUCCUUCACUGCUUGAAGCAGUACAGUGGGGAUGAGGGCUUCAUGAAGCAGAACACUCCGAAGCAGAAUGAGCACUGUCUCAAGAACUUUGACCUCACGGAAUAUCGGCAGGUGCUAAGCGACCUUUCCAUUCAGAUCUAUCAGCAGCUCAUUAAAAUUGCUGAGAGCUUGUUACAACCUAUGAUAGUUUCUGCCAUGUUGGAAAACGAGAGUAUCCAGGCGCUAUCUGGUGUGAGGCCAACUGGCUACCGGAAGCGCUCCUCCAGCAUGGUGGAUGGAGAGAACUCAUACUGCCUGGAGGCCAUCAUCCGCCAGAUGAACUCGUUCCAUACUGUCAUGUGUGACCAGGGCCUGGACCCUGAGAUUAUCCUGCAGGUGUUCAAACAGCUCUUCUACAUGAUCAAUGCUGUGACUCUUAACAACCUGCUCCUGAGGAAAGAUGCUUGCUCUUGGAGUACAGGCAUGCAGCUCAGGUACAAUAUAAGUCAACUUGAAGAGUGGCUUCGAGGAAAAAACCUUCACCAGAGUGGAGCGGUUCAGACGAUGGAACCUUUGAUCCAGGCAGCCCAGCUCCUUCAGUUGAAGAAGAAAACACAGGAGGAUGCUGAAGCCAUCUGCUCUCUGUGUACAGCCCUCAGCACCCAGCAGAUUGUCAAAAUUUUAAACCUUUACACUCCCUUGAAUGAAUUUGAAGAGCGGGUAACAGUGUCCUUUAUAAGAACAAUACAGGCCCAACUACAAGAGAGGAAUGACCCUCAGCAGCUACUGCUGGACUCCAAACACAUGUUUCCUGUUCUGUUUCCAUUUAAUCCGUCUGCCCUGACCAUGGACUCAAUCCACAUUCCGGCAUGUCUCAGUCUGGAGUUUCUCAAUGAAGUCUGAGGAUGGGUGUUUCCAAGGCAAACCAGGAACCAUGUGCUGUCAGCUGAGAGAAUUCUAGACCUGUUAAAUACGCCCAAAGUAGAUGAAACCAGAGUUAGAGAACCCGUGGAGAGUACCGAACUAAACAAAGUGACACACGUUGUCAGUUUUUGUAUAUGCUGCUCAGAAUAAAAACACUUGAAAUGUGGGAGAUUGUUUAAACAAAGACACAUCAUAAUGAAUAGCCACUGUGUAGCUCCAAUUGCCAUAUAAAAAUGCCAGUUCUGCA